UAUCUGCUGGAGGAGCCAUUUAGUUUACUUUGCAACCUCUCAUUUACUUGAGUAAACAGAUUGCAAAAGAGUCCGGUGAAAGCUCAUUUGUACCUGUGUGCUGACUGGUGCGCAAACAUUUCAGGUUUUUCUUUUGUCUGCAAAACUGGUUUUUAAUCGUAUUUUUCUACAAUGUCAAAAGACAAAUACCUAGUGCUGGAAAACUAUAUUGGUGGGAAGUUUGUACCAUGUUCCAAGCUAAUAGACUCGUUCAACCCAUCGACUGGAGAGGUUUAUUGCAAAGUUCCAGACAGUGGAUCUGAGGAGGUGGAUGCUGCAGUGAGGGCAGCCACAGAAGCCUUUCCUGAUUGGUCCGCAAAGAGUCCAGCAGAGAGAUCCAAAGUACUGAAUAAACUAGCUGACCUGAUAGAGGCUAAACUGGACGAGUUUGUCCAGGCUGAGUCUAAAGACCAGGGAAAGACUAUAACUUUUGCCCGAAAUGUGGACAUUCCACGAUCAGCGUACAACUUCCGUUUUUUUGCUUCGUCUGUCCUGCAUCACACUAAUGACUGCAGUCAGAUGGAUCACAUGGGCUGUCUCAACUACACAGUACGCUGUCCUGUAGGAGUGGCUGGUCUCAUAAGCCCAUGGAACCUGCCGUUGUACCUCCUGACCUGGAAGAUUGCCCCGGCUGUUGCUGCAGGCAAUACUGUGGUGGCGAAACCCAGUGAAAUGACCUCCGUCACUGCCUGGAUGAUGUGUCAACUAUUGGAGGAAGCUGGCUUUCCACCUGGAGUGAUCAACAUUGUCUUUGGUACGGGCCCACGAGCCGGGGAUGCCCUGGUGUCCCACCCUGAUGUGCCGUUGAUCUCAUUUACAGGGAGCACAGCUACAGCAAGACUUAUAACAGAGCGCAGUGCACCGUACUGUAAGAAGCUUUCCCUGGAGCUUGGCGGAAAAAACCCGGCUAUUAUAUUUGCUGAUGCUGACAUGGAGCAGUGCAUCAGCACUACUGUACGAUCCAGCUUCUCCAAUCAGGGAGAGAUCUGUCUGUGCACCAGCAGAAUCUUUGUUGAGCGCAGCGUUUACCCAGAAUUCCUUGCUCGUUUCGUGGAGGCGGCUCGUCGGUGGAAAACUGGAGCGCCCUCUGACCUUUCCAACGACAAUGGAGCGCUCAUCAGCAAAGAGCAUCUACAGAAGGUUAAAGGUUAUGUUUCUUUGGCGCUGGAAGAAGGUGCCCAGGUGCAUUGUGGGGAGGGUGUGGACAAACUUAUCCUUCCACAACAAAAUGCAGGUGGCUACUUCAUGUUGCCCACUAUCAUCUCUGGAGUGAAAGACUCGUCCGCAUUGAUGCAGGAAGAGAUUUUUGGUCCUGUAACCUGUGUGACACCCUUCGAUGAGGAGGAGGAAGUUAUAUCACGGGCCAACGGUGUCCGCUACGGUUUAUCCGCCACAGUGUGGUCCCGAGAUGUGGGGCGCGUGCACAGGGUUGCUAGGAAACUGCAGGCUGGGUUGGUGUGGACCAACUGCUGGCUGGUCAGAGAUCUAAACCUCCCCUUCGGUGGCAUGAAAAACUCGGGCAUUGGUCGAGAGGGGGGAAAAGACUCGUACCACUUCUUCACUGAGGUCAAGUCCAUCACCAUCAAACACUGACACAGAAUGAAGCAGUAUACGAGUCACUGUGUGCUUCAUGUGUCAUCUUAAAUAUGCAUACAAAUUAUAUAGAAGAAGCAAUCAGACUUGAUAUGAUUGGGAAUAAAGUCCAAGAGAAAAUCUAAGUGCUUCAUACUGAUUUUGGUGAUUUAAUGUAGGUGAAUCUUCUCAGUGGUCUUAAACUGAUAUUUUCUUAGAAUAUUUGAUUUUAAGACAUAUGAGUCUUCAAUUUUAUUGCUUAGAAGUUUUCUAUUUUACAGGUCUGCUUUGUCUUAUUUUUAUCUAAUUAACUUUGUUUUUCCUAAAAAAGCAAUAAAGACGCAAAUGAGUUUAUUUUUAAUAUAAAAAAUAUAUAGCUGUUAAAUGGA